GGGGCGGCCCCGCGCGGCCCCUCCCCGGAGGCCGCCUGCAUGGGCAGCGCUGCGGGCACCGCGGCCGCGGCCCCGCCGCACAGCCGCAGUUUAGAUUACUGCUGAUCUGAUCCUCUGGAAUCUGCAGAAGGAAAUUCUGCCAGCCUCUGUGAAUAGCUUUGCAAUGAAAUAGGAGUGGAGUCCCUGAGCAGAAUUGCUGAGAGAUAUGUGAACAAGCAUAAGCAAGGCUGAGCACAUCAGUACCUGGGCUUGCUCCUCAGGGACCAUUUGUGUGUGUGGGGGGGUAAUCCCCUCUUGGCACCUGGAGAUGAUGUCGGUUGAAGGGUCUACAAUAACAAGUCGGAUCAAAAACCUACUUCGCUCCCCUUCCAUUAAGCUGAGAAGAAGCAAGCCUGGGAACAAGCGUGAAGACAUAGGCAAUAAGGUGACCUUGGAAAAAGUCUUGGGGAUAACCGUGUCAGGAGGCAGAGGAUUAGCCUGCGACCCCAGAACCGGCCUCGUUGCUUAUCCAGCAGGGUGUGUUGUUGUGCUGUUCAAUCCUAGAAAAAAUAAGCAACACCAUAUUUUAAACAGCUCCAGGAAAACAAUCACAGCCCUUGCUUUCUCUCCAGAUGGAAAAUAUCUGGUUACGGGAGAGAGUGGACACAUGCCCGCUGUGCGGGUAUGGGAUGUGGCUGAGCGGACCCAGGUGGCUGAACUCCAGGAGCACAAGUAUGGUGUGGCCUGUGUGGCGUUCUCCCCUAGCUCCAAGUACAUUGUUUCAGUGGGCUACCAGCAUGACAUGAUUGUCAACGUGUGGUCAUGGAAGAAAAACAUUGUGGUGGCAGCCAACAAAGUCUCAAGUAAAGUGACAGCUGUGUCAUUCUCAGAGGACUGCAGUUACUUUGUCACUGCUGGAAAUCGGCAUAUCAAGUUCUGGUACCUAGAUGACAGCAAAACCUCCAAGGUUAAUGCCACAGUCCCCUUGCUAGGUCGCUCAGGGUUGCUUGGGGAACUGAGGAACAACUUCUUUGCAGAUGUGGCAUGUGGAAGGGGCAAGAAAGCAGACAGCACUUUCUGUAUCACAUCUUCAGGCCUGUUGUGUGAAUUCAAUGAAAAAAGACUGCUGGACAAGUGGGUGGAGUUGAGGACCACGGUGGCAAACUGCAUCUCUGUGAAUCAUGACUACAUCUUCUGUGGCUGCGCUGAUGGCACUGUGCGGAUUUUUAACCCCCUGAACCUUCACUUCGUCACCACGCUGCCAAAGCCGCAUUUCUUGGGAACGGAUAUCGCAAGUGUGACUGAGGCCAGUCGUCUUUUCUCUGGUAUGGCUGAUGCAAAGUAUCCAGACACGAUUGCCCUGACCUUUGACCCCACCAACCAGUGGCUUUCCUGCGUCUACAAUGACCACAGCCUAUAUGUGUGGGAUGUCAAAGACCCGAAGAAAGUAGGCAAGGUGUACUCCGCUUUGUACCACUCUUCCUGUGUAUGGAACAUUGAGAUAUAUCCAGAGGUGAAGGACAACAAUCAGUCGUGCCUGCCCCCUGGUUCCUUCAUCACCUGUUCAUCUGACAACACCAUUCGUCUGUGGAACACUGAGAGCUCCAACAUUCAUGGCACAGCACUGCACCGCAACAUCCUCAGCAACGACUUGAUGAAAAUCAUCUAUGUAGAUGAUAACACUCAGGUACUUCUGGAUACUGAUUACAACUCGGGCGGGAGUGCAGACAAAGCUGAUGCACAAGUGAUGGACAUGAAGGUGGGGAUACGCACUGUGUGUGUGAGCCCCAGUGGGGAGCACCUGGCCUCAGGGGACAGGAUAGGUACUCUCAGGAUUUAUGAGUUGCAAUCUUUGAGGGAAAUGCUGAAGGUGGAAGCUCAUGACUCUGAGAUUCUAUGUCUGGAGUACUCCAAACCUGACACAGGGUUAAAGCUGUUAGCCUCAGCCAGUCGGGAUAGAUUGAUCCAUGUUUUGGAUGCUGGAAAGGACUACAGCCUGCAGCAGACCCUGGAUGAACAUUCCUCUUCCAUCACUGCUGUGAAGUUUGCAGCUAAUGAUGGGAAAGUGCGAAUGAUCAGCUGUGGGGCAGACAAAAGCAUCUAUUUCCGCACUGCACAGAAGACAGGGGAAGGAGUUCAGUUUACUCGAACACAUCACAUUGUUAGAAAGACCACUCUAUAUGAUAUGGAUGUGGACCCCAGCUGGAAAUAUGCUGCUAUUGGUUGCCAGGACCGUAACAUCAGGGUUUUCAACAUAAGCAGUGGGAAGCAGAAGAAGCUCUACAAGGGAUCCCAAGGUGAAGAUGGUACCCUCAUCAAAGUGCAAACUGAUCCAUCUGGUCUUUAUAUUGCAACCAGUUGUUCUGACAAGAAUCUCUCCAUCUUCGAUUUCUAUUCUGGCGAGUGUGUUGCUACCAUGUAUGGUCACUCAGAGAUCGUAACUGGGAUGAAAUUUAGUAAUGACUGCAAACAUUUGAUCUCUGUUUCUGGUGACAGCUGCAUCUUCAUAUGGCGUCUGAGCUCAGAGAUGACCAUCAACAUGCGGCAACGACUAUCUGACAUGAAACAGAGAGGGAAACAGGCAGAAAAGUCUCCUACACACAAGACAGCUGGACUUAUGAGGCAUGAAUCUAUUUCUGCCCUAUCAUCCAUGCCUGCACUCUCAUCAGACAGCGACAAGGAUGGUGAAGAUGAAGGGAAUGAUGAAGAUGAGUUACGUGGGCUGCAGUCUUUCCGUAUUCAGUCGAACUGUAACACUGAGAAAGACUCAGAUCCAGACCUUAGCCUCUCAAGAAGCCUUUCCCACUGGGAAAUGAGGAGGGCCAAAGAGAUAGCGGCGAUCCAGCGCUCAGAGGCAGCAGUGAGCAAGAUGCCUCGACAGCGUGGGCGCUGGUCCCAGCCAACCAGCAACAUAGAGAUGACUGUGAAGUCCAUGCUUGACUUACGUCAGUUAGAGUCUUUCUCUGUUUCCCGUUCCCCGAGUCGAGACUCCCUGUCCCAAAACAGCAAUGGGGAUGACAGGGAAGAGCAGGCAGAUCUCCUUGUGCACAUCAACAAAGUUGGAGGCUCAAUAGCUCCCCAAGACAGCCGGUCUUGCGUGCGACCCCAAGUGAUUCGUCUUGUGUCUUGUGAAGAGGGGAUUUUCUCUCAGGAACUGGAACCUUCUGAGAGUGAGGAGUGUGUAAUCUACCCUGAGCAAGAUGAGAUCCAUCCCACAGACCCUAGCAGUGAGUUCCAGGUAAAAGCGUUGCCCCAUGGGAAGCUAAGUAGAGGUUACCACAGUAGUGGAUGCCCAGACAAACACAGCCCUGACAGUGCCUGCUCUGUAGAUUACAGUAGCAGUCGUCUGUCCAGCCCAGAUCAUCCAAAUGAAGAUUCUGAAAGCACUGAGCCCCUAAGUGUGGAUGGCAUCUCAGAUCUGGAGGGAGAGGAGGGAGAAGAGGAUGCAGGUACUGGCCCGCUGGAGAGAGAAAUCCCCCUGACACCUGAUCAGGAAAAGUUCCUCAAGCAGCAUUUUGAGACAUUGGGCAGCACUGAUGGAAAAGGUGGCUCAUGUAGAGCUCUGGAAAGAACUGAAAACCUCAGCAUUUCCUCUCGCUUUCUUUCCCAGUCCCCGGGUCUGAGACAUUUGUCACUGUCCUCGUCGAAUCUGAUACUGGAUUCAAAGCCCAUCGAGCCUCCAGCCCAGAGCAAUCAGAUUACUCCGGAGCUGCUGAAAAAUGGCAACAGCCAUCCUGGUGAUGCUCUGGAGAACAACCACCUCCUGGAGAGUGUGAAUUCCCAUCGGGCUGUUUAUGCCCAGAAAAAACGCAAGUCAGCUUUAGAGGCCAGGCGAAUUGGUAUGGGUUCUGGACGAGUUAUUACAUCCUUUUCUGAAGGCCCUGGGAAUGCAGUGAUGAGAAAGGCACAGUCAGUUCACGACCUUGUUCAUGAGGAUAAGGGUCCUGGAGUGAUAUCCUCUGGCAAGCAGCGUCCUCAGUCUCUUAUGGUGGUUGAAAAAGAUCCCAGAGCUAACAAUUGCAGGGUGUUAUCAGCCAGUCUAUUGAAGAUUGACGGAUCUGGUGCUCUGCUGACCAAAGAUGUCAGGACUGCAAAACCAAAGUCCUACAUGAACCCCACAACCAGCUUCCGGGCUAAGAUGUCACGGAGCAUAUCUGUAGGGGAAAAUCUGUAUCUUGGUUACUCUACUGAAAUGUUGACUGAGGGGAGGACUAGCCCUCCAGUGGCAGAGAAGAUGCAGCUUAGUCUCCCAGCAGAUGCUGAGAAGAAUAAGAUACCAAUGAAAGAAAAAGAAAAUGUUCCAGUGAAGCCAGCACUUCAGCCAGUUGUAAACUGCUCAUCUCCCAAGUCCUUUCACAGCAAGUUAACAUCAUCAAAUAGAGCACACCUGAUCCUUGACAUUCCCAAGCCAUUGCCUGAUAGACCUACACUGGCCUCCUUCUCCCCCACUACCAAAUCCAAAACGCUGCUUGAGCCACAGUCUCCACAGUCACCUGUUGGGGCCAGUAAAAAGAAAACUUUUCCUGAGGGACGAUCCUGCAAGAGGGAAAAUCAGACUGCUGGGUCUCUGGUUCCUGGUAAAGAGAUUCCAUUAGGACUUACUAAGGAGAGCCCAAUGGAGAGUCCAGGCUCAAGGACAGGUUGCCAGGAUGAGCCAGGGGUCACUAAUCCAAAACUGAGAGAGUUUUCAGAGGGCUGGCACCCAAGGUCUCCUGAGAGCACGUUGCCCAGGUACAGGGAGAGGAUCACCGGCAUUGCCUGCGUGUUAGACGAUCAACCUGGACUUUGCCCACUAGACCCCAUCAGGGCGAGGUCUCCUACGUCUAUAACUGCCUCGGCACAGGUCUCAGGUGUGCAUGGAUACCCAUCUCUUAUCUUCCCCCUUCUGUCUCCUGUCUUUGUGAACCGCCUCACGGUCCCAUCACAUUUCUUUACGUCCAGCUUCUGGCCUGUCUCGUCCUGUCUGCACCUGUCUCGUUCCAUAAGUCAUCCCCUCAAUGAACCUUCCAUCAGUGUAGAGCAGUGCAAGCAUGUGGUAUCUGAGCUCCAGGACAGCAUGCGCAAAGCCAUUCAUCUCUACCGCAUGGUGUUAAAUGAUACGGAGUCCUCUACUGACAAAGAUAAGAUAGCUGGCCUCCUGACAGAGACAUUCUCCUUAAUGAAGAAAGAAUUGGACUCCCUGAAGGAUGAGGAAGAGCUUCCAAAGGUUAAGGAGGUGCUGGCAAAGCCACAAGAUACCAUUAGGCCGCUGAAUGAGGGAUGCAGUGCCAACCUACCCAGUCCGAAGAGUUUGGGGGAUGAGCAGACGCUAGCUUUGCUGGAGCAGUACUCAGAGCUAUUGCUACAAGCUGUGGAACGACGCAUGGACAAAAAACUCUAAAGGAGUGUUUUUCAGGUGUUUGUGGAUACACAGAAAUAAUCCCAAGAGGAGGACCAUAGAAGGAGCCUCAGACAGAGGGACCAUCAUGCUGGUCUAGAGGUGUUGGGGAGGCCUUUAUAAAUUUGAUUUCCUCAGGCCCAUACAAGUGACUUGUUCUAAUUCUUAGCGAUGUGCUGGCCACAAUUUUAAUAAUUUUUCCCAAUGCUCUUCAACUUCCUGUCUCUAGACAAAGUCUUGAAAGAGGAGUUUGGAGAAAUUGCUUUGAAAUUUCUUCAUAGCCAGGGUGUCAGGAUGUUUGGCACUUAAAGAAAAAUCCAGUUUAUCCAAGAAAUUCUGAACUGCUGACUAAAAAUAAAGGAGUCCAAGUGAAGCCAGUCCUUUCCACUCCAGGGCUUCAUCAGAAUCCAGAAGCAAACUUUUUAUGCAUUUAUUUAUUAAUUUAUUUUUCUGACUGUUGCUCUGUCACAUUUGUGGCUAUUUUCUUUGUCCUUUAACAAAAAAGUCAAUUCCUUUGUUAUAUCCCAGCGAGAAACAAUCUCUGUAUUAUAAGCCUCCAACGGGGAGACAGGCUGGAGUGUCUGUGCAAUUACUGAACUGGUUUCUGCUUAAAUCUUGUCUUGCUGAUCUUUCUUUUCCUGCCUUAGUUUGUUACCUGCAGUAAUUCUACUGUUGUCAUGACUACCCUGUCUACUUUUCUCUUCUUUCAAGGACAGUCCCCACACUAUAUUUUAUUUGCAUUCACUUCCAGGGGAGAAUUCUGCAACCCUUGGACCAAGCUUUGGAGAUGAUUUAAUGAAAUCAGUAUUGGAAUUUUAACCUGAAAUUCGGUAUUAUAUUGAUAUACUGAGUUUAGCUGCAGAUAAGGGAUAUAGAUGCAAAUAUGAAAGUUAAUUUCAGCUACCUUUCACGAUUAUGAAUUGGGUAUUGACCUUAAUGUUAUCAUGAGUCUGGUGGGAAAUUUGGGGCCAAUGAUUUAUUUGUUACAAAGUAACAUGAAAGACCUGGUUUCCAUCCCUUACAGUGUAAAUCCGUGAGAAAUCUUCAGUGCAAAUACUGCUCCAAAUAAUUUGUUGAUUUCACUGCCUUGAUAGCAGAACCUUUUCUUCUUGCUUUUCUAGAGAAGCAAAAUAUUUACACCCCAAGAAAAGUGAGAUUCUAUUACCUUUUGUAUAGCUAUUUCAACUGCCCACAGAAAAUGGUCUGCCAGGGACUUCAAACAAGAUAUUUUGGGAUGUAUUUACUACCAUUUUCCCCCCCAGACUCUUUCAUUAAUUUCUUGACUGAGAAACAGAAAAUAUUCCUCCUUUGCAUUUGUGUGUGCAAUACUCUUCUGACCUUGUGGGACUUCUCCAAACUGAUGGCUUAAAACUCUCUGGUGACGAUUUAGGUCAAUGAUAACAAGCUAAAGAAAAAAAAAACUCUUCAGCACCUUCCCCUUUACUCACCCUCCUUUCCCCAAUGGGGACAGAUACACAGACUGCUUUGUUUCUUCCUCCAUCUCCAUUCUUUCUUAUAUUUACAAGGCAGAGCAGUACAAUCCCAGUUUAUAAAUGAAUGCAAGGAAGCAAGAAGCUUUUGGUGGGUGAGAGAAUGCUUGUGUCCAUGGAAGUCACUUAAAGGUGGCCAGACUGCAGUUUUCUUUUACAUUACUGUCCUGGCUAGUUUGGCCAUUCUUUGAAACCCUGUGGCACUCUGAAAUGUAGUAUGUUGACUAACUUGGUUUUCCUGCCUUUCUGUGAGCAGAGAUCUGUAGUGCAGCCUUUACUGGGCUGUGCAGGCUGGUAUUGGACGGUCUUUUUCUUCAAUAUACUCCAGGGCUUGAGGAAUCUGCAGUUACUGCUGUCCCACCACAGGUUUGUGGGUUGGUCAUAGUUGCUGGCUGCUUCAGAACUUGGCAGGAUGGGGAGCAUAUUCAGAGCUUUCCAGCUACUUCAGCCUGUAAUUUCAGUCUGCCUAAUCAAAUGUUUCGGAUGUUCUUGCUAACCUUUCCUUCCGUGGGGUUGUACUGAAACUUUACAAGUGCUUUCUUCUGUUUCAGCAUUGCACUGUGCUGAAUCAGAUGAGGUGCUUGGUUUCAUGGGCAGUGUCUCUUGCAGAGAGAAGCUUUGUAAUGUGGACGAGUUGAAAAGUAGAGGGAAUUUCUGGGAGUUUCCUUGAGUGAAAAAGAUAUGCUGGAGAUGCUGCGAGUGGGAUGUAUGAUGGCAGUCAUACUGGCUCUGUGAUGGAGUUAGUCUGGGUCAAGCUUGCUUCUGAGGUGAUUCUUUUUUUUUCUUCAUCCACUUUCAAGACUGUGAACAUAUGUCCCAGUACACAGGAAUUCUUUUGCUGUACUGGGACCACAAGACACUCAGGUAAAAUAGCAGUCCCUUCAACCCAGGUAUCUUUUUGAUUGAAGAUAGUGGUUUGAGGGUCUUUUAUAUUAUUUCCCUGUGCAAUUUUAUUCCAUUUUAUUGUUUAAAGUAUAAGGUAGUGACAAAAGGGAUCAGAGAGAGUGAGUGGCCAGAAUGAACAGAUCAUGUUUCAGUUCUCAUCCAGGUGAAAAGCAGCAACCAGUGAAGCUGACAUAGAGAUAUGAAAUAAAGUGCCUUGGAAAUAAGUCACAUGAAGCAAAUCUAUUUUUUUUUUAUGCUGAUCAGAGGAGUUUUUGCUUCAUGGAAUGGAUUUUGCCUGUUGGUCAUGGCUGCAUAUGGGGAACAAAGGGUAAAUUCUGAUCAGAAUGAUGGUAAGAGAGGUAUCAAGCAAGUAGAUUAGUUGGGGAGUGGUAGUGUAAUUUUAAAAUUAAUUAGAAUAGUAGAUGUAGGACAUUCAGGAAAAUAGAUUUAGAGGCAGAAAUGAUGUUGGCUGGAGGUACACCAUUGGCCAAUAUCUGUGAAAGAUAUGGUACACAAAGGCUUCAGGAAAGUAGAUUUAGGACAGAGUUAGCGAUCUGUAAUUGAAGAAUGCGUUGAAUGGUUGUUUUAAAGAUCUUUCUUGGCCUCUUGUUUCUCCAGUUGCUGUUUUCUAAGCAGCUGUUUCUUUAAAGGCAAAGUUGAGAACUCUGCCCAAGGCAUACAUGUUAUGAAUUUACUAGAAGCCCUAAGGAAGAUGCUAGUGCCACAAGUUUGUUGAUGAGAGGGAUGAGGAUGCAACCGAUUCUUCCCUGGUGACUUCCUAUUGCUGGCAAUAGGAAAGAGUCCUAAAAAUUUGUUUCCAACACUAAGAGGGCAUAAAUGUGUUACAUUUGGUUACCGCUAGUGAGUGCAUUUCACCACAAGCUGUCUAUUAGGUCAAGUAGAGAAAUACUGAAUGGUAAUUGCCUGGGAAGUGGAAAAAGCUUGUGGGAGGAGGUAACAUCUGAAUCUAUUUCUUUUACUGGUGCAUGUGGUUGUUAGCAUAGCUACGACCAGACGUGUAUUAAAACAAGUUAUUUGUCUAUCAAAGUCUGUGAAAAUAAUUUGGACCUACCUGUUCUCUUUAUAUGCAUUCUGUCCCUCCUGUCCAACAUUUCUGGCCAAAACGAGAAUACUUGUUUUUUCAUCUCAACUGUAAAUAGUAUUACUCUGCCCGAGGGACCUGUGUUUCAUUCUUUGGCCUGUGAAGUGGCGCAGUAGGAAGUGCUGGAAUGUGAGAAGGCAGCAACCCCUGCCUGCUUUCAUCCUGCUGCCGGCAAGUAACUCCUUCCUCCCCAUCCCUCAGCAGCGCCCAGUGGUGGUGGUUGUGUGAGUCCCUGUUUCUUCCACGCCCUCUCUCAGGUUGUCUCCUCUUUUUUAUAGCAUCUCCCAGGUAAUGGUUGAGGCAGGCCUUAUAGUGCUCUCCUCCCCCCCCACCCGCUAUUUGGCUGAUUUCAUCACACCUCAGAGGAAUCAGGACAUUUCUCUAAAGGAGUAGAAAACGUACAGACUUCAUUUUUUUUAAAGAAAGAACAUGUAUAUAAUUAUAUAUAAGAAGAAAUGAAAUACAGGUAUUUAAGCACCAUUGGUAAAUUCAUGCAUGUAUAAGAUCAUCCUCCCCCCCCUACACUGGAUGUGUAGCAUCCAGAAUAUUAAAUGACAAAAACCUCAUUAAAAUAAUAAAGACAGGUCGUCUUGCAGCCCUUGAGUGCUGGCAAGCGGGUGGUUCCUUCUCUAGCUAAGACUAGACUGUCCAAUGUUUCAAAUUGUGUGUUGUAAAUAAUACACGGGAUUGGACUCUAUGGAUAACCUGCUCUAACGCAUGGACAGGGAAAUGCAUGGGGCAGCAACUUUAGGAAUAAGCCAUGUCCACUCUGCAUGUCUUGAAUAUGCCAUAGGCACCAGACAGAUGACUCUGUAUUGUUCAACACUACCCUUUUCUUUCACCAGUUAAAAAAAAAAAAAUCCCACACCUCUUCCCCCUUUAUUUAUAAACGUGUGUUUUUAUACUUUUGGCUUUAGGUAAAACAACUCUUUAAAAUGUCCUUUUUUAAUUAUUUGAAAAGUUGUUUGUUUGUUGGGUUUUUUGCACUGUGAGGCUUCCCUGCGGGAGCUGUUUUUAACUCUGUAUUCAUUUGUACUCCGUGUCUUAAACUGGUUCAAUAAAAAUGUGAUCAUUUGUUA